AUGGCCAGCAUUUGGGCGCCGGAGCACUCUGACGAAGCCCACAGCAACGGGUCAAGUGCUGUCGACGACUGCGGCUCCGUGUCCGUGGUCUUCCCCAUCACCAUGAUGGUCACUGGCUUCGUGGGCAACGCAUUGGCCAUGUUGCUUGUGUCGCGGAGCUACCAGCGCCGCGAGAGCAAACUCAAGAAGUCUUUCCUGCUGUGCAUUGGCUGGCUGGCGCUCACCGACUUGGUGGGGCAGCUCCUGACCAGCCCGGUGGUCAUCCUCGUGUACCUGUCACAGCGAUGCUGGGAGCAGCUCGACCCAUCGGGGCGCCUUUGCACCUUCUUCGGGCUAACCAUGACAGUGUUCGGGCUGUCCUCGCUCUUGGUGGCCAGCGCCAUGGCCGUGGAACGCGCCCUGGCCAUCUGCGCGCUGCACUGGCAUGCCAGCCACGUGAAAACUCGCGCCACACGCGCGGUUCUGCUGGGCAUGUGGCUGUCUGUGCUCGCCUUCGCGCUGCUGCCAGUGCUGGGCGUGGGCCGCUACAGCGUGCAGUGGCCGGGCACGUGGUGCUUCAUCAGCACCGGGCCGGUGGGCAACGAGACGGACCUUGCGCGCGAGCCGGGCAAUGUAGCCUUUGCCUCUGCCUUCGCCUGCCUGGGCUUGCUGGCUCUGGUGGUGACCUUUGCCUGCAACCUGGCGACCAUCAAAGCCCUGGUGUCCCGCUGCUGGGUCAAAGCCGCUGCUUCCCAAUCCAGCGCCCAGUGGGGCCGGAUCACCACGGAGACAGCCAUCCAGCUCAUGGGGAUCAUGUGUGUGCUGUCCGUCUGCUGGUCACCGCUAUUGAUAAUGAUGUUGAAAAUGAUCUUCAAUCAGAUGUCGGUUCAACAAUGCAAGACACAGGUGGGAAAGGAGAAGGAGUGCAAUCCCUUCCUCAUUGCAGUUCGCCUGGCUUCGCUGAACCAGAUCUUGGAUCCCUGGGUUUAUCUGCUGCUAAGAAAAAUCCUUCUUCGGAAGUUCUGCCAGAUCAGGGACCACACCAACUACGCUUCCAGCUCCACCUCCUUGCCCUGCCCAGGUUCCUCAGUCCUGAUGUUUAGCGACCAGAUGGAAAGAUGA